CACCGUCGCCUUAUUUGCAGUUCGCAGCGCAGUCGCCUUCCUCCGUUGCAGCGUCGUCGCCUUCCUCAGUCCGUUGCUGCCAUCAUCCUCCACACCUUCCUCCACGCUCUCUGAAUCUCUAGAAUGGAAUGCCUCAGCUCCGGGGUGGAGGAACUUCAAAGUUCAAAUUACUUGAUUUUUAUUAUCACCAUGUUUUGAUUUUAUGUUGAUUCUGUUGCCUUAAAAUCAAAUGCCCAGUAACAAUAGUAAAUAUCAUUGUUACAAAUCCAAACCUGUUAUUCUUCCCAGAACAUGCGUCUUCGCUACCCUCACACGUUGCUUGCCACCAUGUCCAUGACCACCCAUCCUUUCAUCCGUCCCACCGGCACCCAUCCAUUCUCACCUCAACUGCACCAUUUUAACCCCUGCAGAUCCAUUUUUACUGUCCUCUGUUCCAGACCACCCCUUUCCAAGAACCAUCCAUUGCCCUCACCACUCACAUCCAACGGCUAUUCUCGUUCUUCUCAUGCCACUGUCCCCAGGCCAGUUCAUUUGGAGAACCCGGACGAGAAUGAGAAAGAGAGGCGAUUCAAUUCGCUGAAAUACAAGUUGGAGGCUGUUGGGUUGGAUACUGGAAUUUGUGUACCCGGCCAGUACAAUCAUUUGCUUUGUCCAAUGUGUGAAGGUGGUGAAUCAGGAGAAAGAAGCUUAUCUCUGUUCAUUGCACACGAUGGGGGGUCUGCUGCAUGGGUGUGUUUUCGUGGAAAAUGUGGGUGGAGAGGUAGCACACAGGUUAGACAUCAUUUUCAAAUGCUACAUAUCUUGUUUGACACGGGUGGCUUUGUUAAUUGUUUCCUUGUUUGGUCUCUUGUAUUGCAGGCCUUCGCUGACAGCCAUUCACUCUCUACAGCAACGAGUCAAGUAGCCCAGAUUAAGAAAAAAAGAGAAAUUACAGAGGAGGAGUUGCAGCUAGAACCACUUUGUAGCGAGGUGCUUGCAUAUUUUUCAGAGCGCUUGAUUUCACAAGAGACUUUGGAGAGAAAUGCUGUCAAGCAGAGAAAAUAUGAUGAUCAGAUUGUUAUUGCAUUCACCUAUCGUCGAAAUGGAGCACUUGUUAGUUGUAAAUAUCGAGACAUCAACAAGAACUUUUGGCAGGAAGCGAACACAGAAAAAAUCUUAUACGGAUUGGAUGACAUAGAGGGACAAAAUGAUAUUAUCAUUGUUGAAGGUGAAAUGGACAAGCUAGCAAUGGAAGAAGCUGGCUUCCGCAAUUGUGUGAGUGUUCCUGAUGGUGCACCUCCAUCUGUCUCCUCAAAAGAUCUGCCCCCUCGUGAGAAGGAUACAAAGUAUCAGUAUCUAUGGAACUGCAAAGACCAAUUGAUGCAGGCAUCCCGAAUUAUACUUGCCACUGACGGGGAUCAACCUGGUCAAGCCUUGGCUGAGGAGCUUGCACGUCGCCUUGGAAAAGAAAGAUGCUGGCGGGUCAGAUGGCCAAAAAGAGGAAAGGGAGAUGAAAGUUUCAAAGAUGCAAAUGAGGUUCUCAUGUAUUUGGGUGCUGAUACACUGAGGGAAGCAGUUGAGAAUGCCGAAUUGUAUCCAAUACGUGGAUUGUUUAACUUCAGAGAUUACUUUGAUGAGAUUGAUGCAUAUUAUCAUCGAACCUUAGGAUAUGAAUUUGGCGUCUCAACUGGGUGGAAUAAUCUGAAUGAGUUCUACAAUGUUGUACCAGGAGAAUUGACUCUAGUAACUGGAGUUCCCAAUUCAGGGAAGAGUGAGUGGAUUGAUGCCCUUCUUUGCAAUAUUAAUGAAAUUGCUGGCUGGAAAUUUGCACUUUGUUCCAUGGAGAACAAGGUUAGGGAACAUGCUCGAAAACUUUUGGAGAAAUAUGUGAAAAAGCCUUUCUUUGAAGCGCGUUAUGGUGAACAUACUGAACGGAUGUGUUUGGAGGAAUACGAACACGGCAAGCUCUGGCUAAGUGAUACUUUCUUUCUCAUAAGGUGUGAAGAUGAUUCCCUUCCAAGUAUAAAGUGGGUUCUUGACCUUGCAAAAGCAGCUGUAUUAAGGCAUGGGGUGCGUGGACUUGUGAUUGAUCCUUAUAAUGAGCUUGAUCAUCAACGACCUUCGAACCAGACUGAAACUGAAUAUGUAAGUCAGAUGCUUACCUUAAUCAAACGUUUUGCCCAAUUUCAUGGAUGCCAUGUUUGGUUUGUUGCACAUCCCAGGCAGCUUCAUAAUUGGACUGGUGGUCCUCCUAAUCUGUAUGAUAUAAGUGGAAGUGCACACUUCAUAAAUAAGUGUGACAAUGGAAUUGUUAUCCAUCGUAAUCGGGAUCCAGAGGCUGGGCCAAUUGAUCAAGUUCAGGUGUGUGUUCGAAAGGUACGGAAUAAGGUCGCUGGGACAGUAGGUGAUGCCUUACUGUUGUAUAAUAGGGUAACUGGCGAGUUCACGCCAGUUGAUAAAAAGAGUAAGAAGUGAAACAAGUACGUCUUGAAAUGAUACCACCAAUGGGGACAUGGCUAUGGUGUGACAUCUUAUGCUUUGCAGAAUUUGAAUGUAUUAACAUGUAAUUUUGACCAGAUUAGGUUUUUGUAUCUUAGGAAUAUAUCUUAGAAAUUUAAUGUAGUUGUUAUGCUUAAUAGUUGUACAGUACAGAUAUAGAUGGUUGUUACCGUUGUAAUGACCAUUGGAUCCUGAUUGAAAGAAGGGUUGAAGGGUAGUGCGGUUAGAGAAGAUUGCAGUUCUCAAUCCUAUUAGAAUUUUACUCAGACUACUAACCGGUUCUGUUUUCGAAUGUUCUAAGACAAGUUCCCGGGAAUAAUUCCCUGGUUGAUAUUAUAUUCAUCUUGAGUAGUA